CGUUGCGGGGAGGUGAGAGCGGGUCGCAUGCAGGCACCGGGAACUGCCUUCAAUUCGAGAGUACUUGGCAACUCGAGGCGACGGUUACCUGCAUUGAUGGCUUUUAAAGAUCGUCUCUCUCCACGAUUUCAGAACAACAACGGAACAAGUCCGCCGGUCGGCAUGUCUUUCUAGAUUUCUUCAUAUGGAAUUUUAGGUAAUUCAACCAACAACAGCAGUCAACAAAACAAACAGGGAGCGCCACCAUCGCACCGCACACACACCAUGGCGUCCUCAGAAGAACCCAACGGCGAUGGUGUUGACGAUAGCGUUAGUGUUGGAGUUGAUGUUGGCGACACGGUCGAUGUGCCCGACGUGGCAGACGCCUUCCUCGAACAGUCGUACCUCACAUACAUCAUCCCCUCGACAACCAAAUUCGAUCCCGAGGAGGCUCUCCGGCAAGACGGCAGUUCAAUAGAGAACAACAUCUCCAGCAUCGAGCAACGCGACCAGCUGUUCUUUGAUGAGACCGUCGAUGUGUACUUUAUUCUCCGUGCGCCCUACUCUGACGACCAGACUCUCCGCUCCCACCUGCGCCGCCUCGUCAUUACCCUCGAUACCCACAUCGUAAACGGCGCCAUCACGGACCGGGAUGGGGCCAGCCCCGCCUCCGAAUCAAUAUACAAUGGCGCGGUUGAGGAUGUGGAGCAGGCGGUUGUGGUGACGGAAGAAUUGCAGGAAGAGGAAAGCCAAAGACAUGCCUAUGCCGUCUGGAAGCUCCCAGUGUUCCUGAACCGUCCCAGGAUGCGACUACAGCUGCCGUCUGUUGUGUUUUCAGGGGCCGCGAAUCUCAAGAUGAACACCGCGGAUGCUGGUCAACUUGGCGCGCUAGAUGAGGGAUACAUGCCGAGCUGUAUGCCGUCGGGAAUGAAUGUGCUCGAGUCGUUUGCGAACGACCCAUAUCUGGGUGGCACCACACCUCGGCUGUCUGCCCAGAGGGUGUCCAAAGUAGCACCCCUUACCAAACCGAAGGACGCCCUUCACCGUAUAAGCGGGUUACAAAACCUCAAGCUCAGGAUCUACCCAGUCCUCCACACUCGAGUCCGCUUUUCGAGGCCUAACACCACGCCCGUGAGCACCUCACUGAUCGCUCUGCUCGAGGUCGAUUUCACCCCCUAUUUCGACUGCGAGGUUGCCCUGGACAAACUCACUCUCGGUGUCACGGAGGGCACGGUUGAAGACCUCAACAACCAAGACGGCAUGACCCUCCCCCUCAGCUGCGUCGCCUACGACCACCUCACCUUUCUCUACAAGCUCGCUCCCCAGCAACGCGAUAUUGUCAGCAAGAACCUCGCCCGCGAACUCAUCAUCACCAUCGAAGUCAUCGUCCUCGUCCGCCCGGACAAUGAACCAAACCCCUGCACACCCCGCCUAGUCAUGACCUGGGCCACCGCCCUCGACUUCACCCCUCCCGUCAACCCAGGCUUCGGCCAGCCCAAACCCACCGCCAUCCAACGCGCCCACCGACCCAGCCAGCUCUCCAUCAGCGGCGGCGUCGACUCCCAGCCGCUCGUCUCCCCCUCCGUCAUCCGGCCCGACGCCCUGCCCUCCCUCGAAGCCGCCACCGCGCGGCCGCUCGAGACCGCCCUCCCCGACUUCGGCAUCACCAUGACCUUCACGGGCCCCUCCCAGCCCGUGCGCCUCGGCGAGGAGUUCGUAUGGACCGUCUUCGUCGUCAACCGCAGCAAGCCGGACAUGCCGCCGCCGCCGUCCGCGCCCCCCUCGGCCCUCGCCCGCCACGCCGCCGCCGCCGCCUCGCGCAAGCUCAUGCUCGUGCCCGUCCCGCGCCGCCGCCGCAACGACCUGCGCGUCAUCCGCCCGCCCUCCACCGCGGGCGGGCCCGGCUCCAAGCGCGACCCCCUCAUCGCCGACGCCGUGCUGGACGAGACCGUCGUGCAUGCCAUGCAGCGCAACAGCGUCGUGGAUGCCGCCGAGCUCGUGUGCCUGUCUGCUGACAUCAGGGUCGGACCUCUGGCGCCCAACGCUUGUGCUGUAGCCGAGCUGCGGUUUCUGGCCCUCCGGGCGGGCGUCGUGGGGCUGGAGGCGGUGAGGGUGGUGGAUUUGGGGAGUCAGGAGCAUGCUGAUGUGCGGGAGCUGCCGUUGGUUGUUGUUGAGGGGGGGUGACAUGUAGACAGG